ACCCCCGAUCCCCACUCCCACAUCCCGCAUCCACAACCGCCAGGGCCCUCGCCGCCGGCGCGCAUCCCACCACCACCAUCUCCCACGGGCGUGCCAAGGUCCCUGCCGCAGGCGUGCGCGCCACCGCCACCACCUCCUACAGGAGCCAUGGUCCCUACCGCCGGUGCGCGCGCCACCGGUACCACCUCCCGCAGGCGCCAUGGUCCCUGCCGUCGGCGCCACGCCAUCGCCACCACCUCCCACAGCUGCCGCGGCCCCCAUCACUGGUGCGCCCCAUGCCGUCGGCGCCACGCCAUCGCCACCACCUCCCACAGCUGCCGCGGCCCCCAUCGCUGGUGCGCCCCCCGCCAUCUCCACCUCCCACAACCUCCAUGGCCCCGUCACCGGGGCGCGCCCUGCCACAACCACCGCCGUUGGACGCCGUCGCCAUGCCCCCCGCACGCCAGCGCCUCCGAGACCUCGUCCGACAUGACCCUUGCAUCCCUGAACUACCAAGCGCCGCCCAGCGCCCGGCUUCUUCCCCUGACCACCGCCGGCCUCCUGCCCCGGGAAAACCCCUUCUCUUCCUUCCGGGCGCAACGGCGAUCUCCUUUUCAGUUCAAAAUGAGCUCUAGCCGCUGUCCAAGUCGAUUCCCAUUCGUGGGACAAGUCCGACUACCUGUGGUACACGAUCUAGAGAUUGACCGGCGCGAGCAAUUCCUCAAGUCCGGCCAGUGGCUGCAGCUCACCAUCAACUCCGUCGGGCACUCGUUGUAGGUGUUCGUCAACGGCCAAUUCUUCGGUAUUGUCUGAAACUCUCAAUCUUUUGUCUUAACUGCAUCCUGCUGAAUGUUAUCCUACCACUUACUGAUGAGCAUUAGAAUCCUUUUGUCCAUGUCCAUCUUAUCAUCGUGGUGGUGGUUGAGUACAUCUCUGUAAGUUUUGUAUGUUCACAGACCGGAAACCAGUAAGUUUAGACAAAAUUUAAAUUGUCAAAACAUGAGUUUUUGUACAGUUUAGAACAUUGGACUGUGGCUACCCAUUUAAGUAAUCACAAGAACAUCAUGGAUGACAACAGGCCUACAACAGCUAUGAUUUUAGUCAAAGUGUUUAAGAAACGUGCAGUACUAGUCUGUAUCCUUCACUCUUUGUCAGGGGGAGGUGACUAAAGCUCCAGAUUGUAAUUUUGACUAGACUAUCCGGAUUUCAUUUAGUGUUUAAAAUUAAAUACUUUCUUAUCUAGUCAUAAUAGUACUGAUGAAUAUCAAGUUGGUGUUGUGCUCGGCCAUAGGCCUGCCUUUUGUCCCUCCCUUUGGUUCGAGGAGCAGCAACUGCUGUCCUGCAGUGCCGCCAUCUGUAGACAGGCGAGAUGGCCGUAAUCCCCUUGUGGUAAUUAUGCAGGUGCGGAACCUCCCUAGCGCAACGGCAGCCUCCUCCAUCAAAGUUGAGCACUGGGCGUCGUCCGAGUAGAGCUCCAGUUUCUGUAAGUUUAGAUAUAUCACCUGAAUAAGCUCCAACCUCUCGCAUCUCGCACUGCCCCCAUGUUGCCGGAGCACCCUGUCCGUUCACAGCCACCACUCCAGGUCGUUCAACGCCACCACCUGAAGCGUUUCACCGUAGCAGACCUAAUGUUGCCGCCACCGCUCGACGCCGCGUCCUCUGCCGGCUACCAUAAGCGCCGCCUGAUACGUCCAUUUUGCAUCAUGCUUUUGUAUCAUUAUUUAUUGCAUUAUGGACUGCUAUUACACAUUAUACCUCAAUACUUAUGACUAU